UCUAGAAAUCACUUACAUAAUUUACAAAAUCAGUACACAACACACCACAAAAUCCAGAAUGCAGCUAGACAAAUAUUCAAUAUUUUUAUUCGUUUUAUGCGCAACCCUGAUUCCGGUAGAAUUAGCAGCCAGAUCAGUGGAAAUGAAGCAGCCGAUAGAAUCAGUGGCAAGGACUGGCAAUGCUGCCCCAAGUACAAAACCCAAACACAUUAGGCGUGGCGCAGGAGGGAUCCCGGAUAUGCCCAUGGACUUGCACACUAAGCACAGGUCAUGUGACAUGGACUCCAGGGGCAGGGAGAGCUAUAUAUACGCCUUUCCCAACUAUUGCAUAUGGGCGUUCAACAAUCGGUACUUGGGCACAGCACACUACCGCAUCUACAAGACCUAUCAGUUGGAGGGAUUUUUCUUUGGCCAGUAUUACGAGCGCCUAAAGCGUUACGAAUUCGAGCCACAUACCUACGAUUACAAUAUGUAAUGCAAUAUGUUCGAGAUGUGGUGAAAAAAUUCCAAUUACUCAGCGAAACUACCAAGAAAUUUUCUUUAAAAUAUAUAUUAUCUAUAGCGUGCUUUAUGCUUUUAAGAUACUUCCACUUUGAACGCACAAAA